AUGGGUCUACUUACCCAAGGUCAUCCGUUAGAUUGGGAAGAAACGAAGAAAUAUGCUCAAUAUAUCCGCGACCAUGGUAUCGAACAAUUCCUGCAUAUCUAUAAGAAGCUUAAAGAUCGCCGGAAUGAUUGUUUGAAAUGGGGUGAUGAAGUGGAAUUUCUCAUGGUACGUUUCGAUCAUGAGAACAAAAGAGCUCAACUGGUACUUCGAGCUCAUGAAAUCUUGCCAAAACUUAUGGAACCUGAACAUGAAAAUCCAGAUGAUUGCACGACAUUAUGGCGACCAGAGUAUGCAGAUUACAUGAUUGAGGGUACACCAGGUAAACCAUAUGGGCAUUUACCUGUCCAUUUUAAUAUGGUUGAAGCUAACAUGCGCCUACGACGGCAACAAGGUCAAGAAUUACUUGGAAAAGAUGAAUAUGUACUUAGUACUUCGAACUUUCCACGUAAUGGCUGUCCAAAUUUUACCUGGCCGCAGCAUAAGCCAACACCAGGUACAUCCUCAUCUGCUUCCCUCUUCUUUCCGGAUGAAGUUAUCUUUCCCGAUCAUCCACGCUUCAAAACAUUAACACGAAACAUUCGCAUGCGACGUAAAUCUAAAGUUGCUCUCAAUGUUCCAAUUUUUAUUGAUGAAAACACACCUCGACCAUUCAUCGAAGAUCUAUCAGUCUACGGUGAUGAUGGUGGGGCAUCGGACUCAGCGGCCGUCGAAGAUCAUAUCUAUCUCGAUGCGAUGGGCUUAGGUAUGGGCUGCUGCUGUCUUCAAGUGACUUUUCAAGCACAAUCCAUUGAUGAAGCACGAUUUCUUUAUGAUCAACUAACCCCACUAACUCCGAUUAUAUUGGCUUUGAGUGCUACCUCACCGAUUUGGCGUGGUUAUUUAACUGAAAUUGACUGUCGCUGGAAUGUUCUCUGCGCAAUGGUAGAUGAUCGAACAGCCGAAGAACGUGGAUUUGAACCUUUGAAGAAUGAACGAUUUCGCAUACCGAAAUCUCGUUACUCAAGUGUCGAUUGCUACAUCUCACCAGAUAGUGCGAUUUACAACGAUGAAGAAGUGGUGCAAGAUGCAGAUGUCUUUCAUAAACUUACUGAGAACGGUAGCAAAAAACAAAGUCUACUCGUUCGUUUUCAUCACAUAUAUUGUUUAGGUAUCGAUCCCAUAUUAGCUCAACACAUAGCUCAUUUGUUCAUUCGUGAUACGUUGACUGUAUUCGAAGAAAAAAUUUACUUAGAUGAUACACAAGAUACUGACCAUUUCGAAAAUAUCAAUUCCACAAACUGGCAAUCGAUGCGAUUUAAGCCACCUCCAGUGAAUAGUGACAUCGGUUGGCGCGUUGAAUUUCGUCCAUCAGAGUUACAAAUGACUGAUUUCGAGAAUGCGGCAUUGGUUACCUUCAUUGUCUUGCUAACACGAGCGAUUAUGACAUACAAUCUGAAUCUACUUAUCCCGAUUUCAAAUGUUGAUGAGAAUAUGCAAUCAGCGCAACGACGUGAUGCAUUGCGGACUGAAAAAUUUCAUUUUAGAAAAUGCCUGUCAACUAAACAAACACCUGAAACGCCGUGUAUGGCAUCCGUACAACAACCAUACACACAAGAAAAUGAAUGUGAACAUCGUCUUAUGACAAUUAAUGAAAUUAUCAAUGGAUCGAAUGAAUUUGUUGGCCUUUUGAAAAUUAUUCAAGAUUACUUGUCUAACAUUGAAGUCGAUGCUGAUACACGAUGCACGAUCAAUCAAUAUCUGCUUUUAAUCAGUAAACGUGCUUCUGGCAAAUUAAUGACAAAUGCGACGUGGAUGCGUCACUUUGUCACGCAUCACCCAGCGUACAAACACGAUUCAGUUGUGAGCGAAGAGAUAGCUUAUGAUUUGUUAUGGAAAAUGACGCAAAUCUCCAAUGGAAAAGAACAGUGUCCACUCGUCUUACCUCGAAUGUCAUCGAAAACCACUCUAGAUAUUUCCGCUGCCGUCGAAACAGAAAAUAAUCAAUUGGAAGUCAAACGCUCGUUGAUGAAUCAUCAGAAUAAUUAA